CUAGUAAAACAGAGAAUGAAUAAAACAUGUUUUGUAAAUCGCUAAAGAAAAUCCCUUAAAAUUUUAAAAAGAAAUAUCUCAUAAGCAAAUAAUUCGAAAACUUGUCACAUUCGUCGUCCAACACAUCGUCAAAUCUCAUUCCACGAUUUCGGGAACUGCGCAUGAGCGCCAAACGUCAACCGUAACGCAGAGCAACGACAUCCUCCACGGCACUCCAACGCUACGCAUCCGUCCCAGGACAGGACAUUCAUUUUUCGUGUAGGCCAGUCAAAACAAUAAAUACUCGUAACUCGUAACCCGAUUUCGUGCUGUUCCAAUGUCCGUUUAUUACGUUAAUGCGUUUGCAGUAGUCUGAUGUGCCAAUUCUUCAUAUCAAAGUGAAGUUAAAGUGUGAAGUUUAUUGGAGAGCAUUCGGCGUGUUACAUAUCCUUUUGGGGUGCAUUCCUGUGCAUUUGCAUUGGGAUAUUGUUGGUAGAGAGGGAGAGUACUGCAAUAGCGAUAGUGUCAAUUAUUCACACAAAACAAACGAUGCGUUGCUCGGUGUGUAAUUACUAUUCGUGGAGUUACUUCAUCGCGUUUGGAGAAAUCUUCAUCUCGUUUCACAUUGCCCGAGCUUUCCUGCACUGUGCCCGUGCGACGACUGUUUCACAGGAGCUAGCCUGCAAUGAUGUGGAGCCUAUCUUCGUGCUACUGGUGCUGUACAACUUACUAUCGUUGCUACUUAUCAUCGGUGUGACAAAGCGCAAUGAAAAGUUACUGCAGAUUUAUCAAACAUGCACAAUUACAUUGAAAGCGUCAGCCAUCGUACGCCGGAUAGUACUCAGCGCGACCGAGUACAACGAGAACAAUGUAGGGAAAACCAUCAUUGAGCUUAAAAUCAUCAUUGUCUUCACACUAAUAUUCACCCUGGAAGCGCUCGUAGUUGCCGGUGCCUGUCGGAAAAUGCGUCGGGAGCAACAGGAACAGCUUUACUACAUCGAUGUAGUUUAGUAACCAUGUGGUCAGAGAGAGAGAGUAACAUAGCAGCACACUACUAGACGGUAUGCUAUCGGACAAAGACAGGUUGCAUUUUCCGUCCAUCUGUCGCACCGUAGUCAUCGCGUUAGGGGGUGAACACCUCUUUUUAUUUGCGCCAAUGCUGCCAAGAAAGUGUCGCCUCGUCGAAAACGGGACGAUUGAUGUCGGGACCGUUCCAAGUCAUUCCAUCCACUACGGGGUUCCGGGUGGACUCGCGCAAUUAAACAUACCUUACCAACAUACAUAUAUUUACAUUUUACAUUCGCGUUGUACGUGCUUCUUAGAGGAUUAUACAGCAGAGCAGAGGUGGUAAAACAUAAAGCAUAAAACUCAUAACAUAAAGGAAGGAUAAGCAGUAGAGAACAAACACUAACCCCGCAAUGGAUCGCACGUAAAGCGCAAGAACAGUUCGUUACCAGUUGUGAUCGGUGCGAAUGAUGUGACUGUUUUGCCCAAUGUGCAUCCCUUAAUCCAGUGCUUUUUGUAAACUGAUUAGGAAAACAUGAUUAGAAGCAAAACGAAAAAAACAAAACAAAAAAUUGUGCGAAACUCCCAAAAAAGAUCGAUUUAGAGAGGCCUGAUGAUUUAUGUUCGAUUUUUCGAUGCAUUUAGAAUAAAACCUAUACCAGUUAUGUCUUAAAGCAAAACGUGUUUAAUUAAAUUUUAAAAUAUUUUGUACUAUUUUUUUCUUCUACUAAUAUUACCGAUCGUCUGCUAACUAGUCUGAAAAUGAUUUGCCCGCUACAAAACUUGUCUUGAACACACCUUACCCCGUCACUACAUGCUUAACUGCUUGCUUCAAAACAACGGACCAUCAUGAAAGCUCGUCUCCGGAUGAUGCUACAAACUCCUGUGAUACAAAAAAUGGAUGCUACUAACAGUACCGCAGAUUUAUUCGUUUUGUUGUCUUGUGUGUUUGGCGCUGGAAAAUCUAGUCCGGUGGCCAGAACAAAUUGUAACAAGAUAAAUAGUUGAACGAAGAUGUUUUUGACCACCGUGUCAUACACCGGGCAAAAUACAAACGGAAUCGAAUAUUAGAAGUCGGAUAGCACCAAUUAGAAGCAGCUUCGAGUAGCAUAAAAAAUAAAAACCGGAUUAUCGAACUUGGCUUUUUUCUCAUUUUAUGACCGUCACCGUACCAUCAAUACUCAGGUAAUCAUAACUACGAUUCCAACAUAGCUUCCGAAACAGAUCGAACAUUUGUAUGUGGUGGUCUUUAUUUAUCUAGCAAGAUGGCCAAACGCGUUGUUCAUACCGGCAUCGUUGAAGCAAGUUUCACAAGACAGUAAUAAAUUCAAUACCAAUGCAGUAAUUAUUUGAGUAAAAAGAAUCUUAUUGCAACCCACUGGCAUUAAAAUAAACCAACUUUUAAAAUUUUGCAAAAUUUCUCAAAAAAAAGGUAAGGCUAUAUAU